AGCCUGCGCGCCAUAUGGUCGUCGAUCCACAGCUCCCUCUUAUAAAUCCAGCUGCAUGCCCCCCUCCCUUCUCGGCACCAUUAAGCCAGCACAAUUAAGUUGAUCGACCGAAGCAAUUACAAACUCUACUCAGCUCUCUCAUCAUCAGCUAGUGGUCUCGACCGCGGCUCAUCACUGCCGCGCCGGCGUUACUGAAGAACUUGCUUGUGAGUUGUGACAAAUAUAGCCAGGGGCGACUAGCUAGCCAGCUAGCUAGCUAGCCAGCUGGUAACUGAACGAAGAAGAAGAGAGCAGAGCUUCCCGCGCGCACGCCGCCCGCCGCCAUGGGAGGCAAGUCGUCCUUCUUCUGCCCCAUCUUCAGCUUCCUGCGCAAGUCCAGGCGGUACGAGUACGACGACGACAUGAGCGACUGGGACGGCCGGACCGGGUACGUGCGCAAGGUGCGCUCCAGCGACGAGGACUACGGCGGCUGGUGGGUCGGCGAGCGCGACGUCGACAGCAAGGCCUCCGACUUCAUCAACAACUUCCACCAGAAGAAGGUCGCCGGCUAGCACUGCCGCCGCUACCGUUUCGCCGCCUUCAUUCCCCAAUCCGAUCGACGACGCCGCGCGUGCCACUGCCGAUCGACGACAGCACCGUACCACCGCCCGAUCCACGUGCUCCUCCAUAUAUAUAUGCAGCUCUCGUCGUUACAUUUAUUACUAGGUUCCUUGAUCGAUGCUCUUAUAUGUCGUUAAUGUAUGUUUAUUAUACAUGUCGUGCUCAUUUAAUAUAUCAGAGAGGGUGAUGAAUAAUUCGAUCGAUCUGCUGGACAGACCUAGCUAGCUAGAUCGAUCGUCGCUAGUUUGUUCGUUCGUGUGCGCGCGCUGUAUGUACGUGUAUGUGUGUGUAAAGAGGUAUGCAUGCAUAGGGACGAUGGAGACGCAUGCAUGUGUUGUACGUACAUCGCACAUUCUCAUGUACAUCUGUUAACGUUAAUAAUCACCAAAUAAAUAAAUUAUGCAGUAUAUAUAUA